GUCGGGGGUGGUGCGAAUAAAAGCGGAAAUAGAGACGCAGGCGUGGAAGUAGAUCAACAGUCGCCCGUCCCCUGGUACGGGCCUUUACUCGAAAACGGGGAGUUGGCGCUGGAUAUGCUGGCGGUGAACGCGAAGUGGGGCGUUUCCGGAACUUUGCGCGACUCCGACCUAAUCGAGGAGUACGGAGCGCGCGGCGGGACCCUGAAGAAGCGACAAACGCAACUGAACAACCGACUCCGGAUGCUGGGGAAGCACAAGGCAUCCGCCCUUGCGCUGUCGGGCGGGGGUGCUGGCGGCGAUGGGCUGCAGCAAGGCGGGG